AUGAAGGCGAUCGAGUCGCUGCGCAAGAUCAGCAGCGGCGGGUAUGGUGGAGCAUUCCGUGAAGUGAGGUUCCAUCAGGAAAAACCUACUUGGCUUGGCAAGAUAUAUAAAUACUUGACAAGUCAUGUAGAGUGGUUCUCAAGCCAUACAUCGUCCAGCGACCGAACGGGUAUCAACAACCGCGUACACGUGCUAAGACGAGCUGCCGUGCGGCUAGACGGGGGCAUGACCAGCGAAGACCGGACAGAUUGCCGUCCGGCGCUGUCGAGUCGCGGAGCAUUCCCGUCUGGUGCGAAUAUGUGUUCAUGGAUACGUGAGCCGCGGAUGAAGGGGCUGCUGCACGAGUUCGGCGUGGGACUAGCGUCGGUGGUCAACAUGCCGAGAGGCUCAUCGCGCGCAGGACACGGGGGCGCGUGUGCUUGCGAGGUAGGGGUAGGGGGAGAAGCUGGUGCUACCAAUGGAGAUGGCGCGGAGGACGAGGAGCAUGAAUCCGCGGCGAGAGUUGACGGGCAGUGGGGCGGGUGUCCCGGUCGAGAGAUUUUGUCUCACUUCAUGGCAGACGACCACCUACAUGUCCUGACGCUUGGGUCCCAUCCGAAGGAAUUCAAUCAGCUUCAAUUCACUACGCACGGUUUAGCUCCGCGGUACCUGGGCAUACGAGAACUGCUUCCGCCUCUCCAGCUCGCUGAGACCCGGCUUCCAGAACCGCGACCAGCCGCGAGUCUCAUGUGCUCAUGCCCGCAGUGCGGUCCGAUGCUCUUGCACUUGGCUUCCAUCAUCCUCCGAAGUUUGCGCGACCACUACGACCGACGGAAGACUUUGAGAACCUCAUCCAGCGUGAACGUACUGCACCUUGGAAUGGCUACACGUCAGUCUCUCCGUAGUGCGGCACGCCAGCCCACCGGCCAGCCGACCACGAAGGCUAAGACUGGUCAGGCCGCUGUAAAGUCAGCGCCGGCUGCUAAGAAGUCCUCCACCGCUACGAAAGCCUCAUCGAAGGGCGCCACGGGUUCCAAGCGCGGCAGGCAGGAAACCCCAGAGAGAAAUGGCAAGACCUCCCAGCCCGACAUUCUGUCCCCGUCCGAGAAGCGGUUGUAUGACAAGUUGAAAGCGAAGAUGGAGCAGGCCGAGAAGCAGGCGGCGGCCGAACAUCAAUCCAACGUACGAAGGACGAGCACAGCUAUGUUGCUAGAGGAGAACACGUCUGGCGCAGAGGACGAGGAGGAUGAGGAUGAGCAACUGAGGCGCAAGAAGGUGAAGAAGAACGUGGAGAUCAAGCUCAGCGAGUAUGAAGAACAGGACGAGCUUGUCGAGGAGGAGGAGGUGGCAGCGGAGGCGGAAGCGGAAGCAGAGGAGGAGAUGCGAGUGGAGCCAGAGCGAGAGGUGGGCAAUGCGAACAAUGUGGAUAAUCCCCCAGAGGCACCUCUGCCUCCGCGCCCCAAACCUAAACCAAGGCCUGCGUUUGGUCGGAAGCCGGCGAACGAACCUGAGAAAGCCAAGAAUGACCGGGGCGACACUUUGCUCGACGCAGACGAGUGUAACCUUGCGACAGCUCUCGGUAAGCCUCAAUCGUCGUCAGCAACGUCAAAAAACAAUCCGAAGGCAAGGCAGCGAAACAACCAUGCUCAUGGGGACAGUGGGUCAGAAGACGACAAAGAGCAACGCACUAACGUCACGCAGCGUGCCAAAGCCAAGAAAGUGUGGUGCAUGGAUGCCGUUGUCAUUGACUCACCUCCAAAAAAGGUGAAGAUUACACAGCAGACGGUGGUCAACAAGAACAAGGGCAAGGGUGCGGCGGUCAAGACCAAGGGCAAGGGUGCAGCGGUUGAGAAGAACAAGGGCAAGGGUACGAGGGUCAACAAGAAGCAGAAGAAACAGCACGACUGGUUGGACACCGACACCGAGUCGGAGAACAAGACCGAGCCGGACGCGGACGAUACGGAAGAAGACCAUGAGUCGGACAGUGACUCGGACAGCAACAGCGACAGCAACGACGAUGAUUCGGAGGAAGACAGAGAUGCGGAGGACGAGGCGAUGGACAAGGACAGUGAGGAUGAAGUGAUUGUUGUCAAGGCCCCGAAGAGUAAGGCCGGGCAGUCCAAAGGCAAGAGAAGCAAACGUAGCAGCAGCAGCGCGGCCGGGCAGAAGUCCGAAGGUCGUCGUCGUGCGCAGGCCAGGGACAUCCCGGAGACCCUCAAGCCUAUUGUUACGUGCUCACAGAUGUACCUCUGCCUCCGCCUCUCACUCGACCACGCAUGGACCUCCGAGAAGACGCAGAACAUCAGUCAGCUGCCCCACAAGCACCUCGUCAUCAAGAGGGCCUUGAAGGACGCUCGCCGCCAUCGCGCGGAGGAUGGCAAGAAGAUUGAUUACCUUGUGUCAGGGUUCAAGACCCUGAAAAAGAAACGCAACCACGUUCUUCGCGAGAACGUCGCCAGUGUUGUGUGGACAGGCGCGUCUCAGCUCCGAAACGAGGUCAAGAAGAAAGCGAAGAUUGUGGUCGACAGUGCCUACAGCCUGGGAAGCCUCUCGACGCAGCACAGAGUCGCAGCCGCAACAUUCCUCCUCAAGUCGAACACACAGGGCAAAUUCUCAAUGCCGAAUUUUAUCUUCGGCGAAAUCGACAUCGCCUGGCAGUCGGACGAACCUUACGAGGUCGACAUGAAGGCGAGCGUCGUGAACCGCAAGAAACCGUUCCAGCACAAGGCGUUGUCCGACGUCAUUGUGCAGCACUGGUUCCAUGGACACAGGGACACUGCCCCUGUGUGCAAUGCGAUCGAGGCGGCGUUGGUGGACAUAGCCACAGGGACUCACCACUUCUCUAACAAGCUAUAUGCGGCCAAUGUUUCUCCCUCACGUCAACCAUCGGAGGUGUACCAAGCUCUGAAGGAGAUGAUGUGGACCAAUGUCAGCGCACUCAUCAAUGAGCAGCAAGUCUCGAGAUCGAAGGAUAAGCAAGACAUCGCUGACGAUGGUAGCCCUGGCGAGCAGUUCAUGCGUGGAGCGAUCCGUCAUCUCGAAGCCACAUCGUCGAAGCCGCCGUCGUCAAAGACGACGACGUCGAAGGCGCCUGAGGUCGAGCCUCAGGUCAAUGAAGAAGAAGCUGGGCGUGAGGCUUCCCACUCAAUCGCUGUAUCGUCAUCUCGCCGUGUCGCCGUCCAUGUCGCCGUCCAUGUCGCCGUCCGUGUCGCCGUCCGUGCCGCCGUCCGUAUCUCCGUCCAUAUCGCCGUCCUGCCAUCCGUGUCGGCAUUCGUCUAG